AUGCUGCACGACGUAGUUAUUGUGGCUUUGGCUCUUGCAUUUUGCUUUUUCCUUGUGAAUCGAAAGAGGAGGCUUUUGGACAAAAAGACUUUGCUUCUUGAGCCGUUUAAGAAACACUUUGAAAGAAGUGCUGAAGAAUUCCCGUCCAUCCACCAGUCCAUAUUGAAGUUAGUAGGACAUCCCAGUCUGGAUUAUCUUUGCGGAAUAAUCACUCUCAAAAGAGACUUCUGCUUGAGCUACAUUCUCGGCUCUGUUCCAAAAGAGAGUCUAAUCCUAACGGGACAGCUGAAAGUUAGGACCCCGUGCAUGUAUGUGUUUAGAAAGACAUUGCCUCCAAAACACUAUGGUCUGAAAUACACCAAAAAAUGCUUGCUUGGAAAUAUACCUGGAUAUAGGACAUUUGGCGCCCUGGGGGAAAAGCAUCUUGAGUUCAUAAAGAAAUACGAUGUCUCUAUCUUCUUUGUAAGUUAUGCUCCUCAAGACAUCGAAGACUCUCCUUCCUUUGAAAGCCAGGUUUUCCUGAAGGCAGGCCUAUCUCUUCUUGAGAACCCCGAAUUUAUUGAUGACUUCCUGGGUCUCUUCGAUACUAUAGUCCCCGAGCCGAGCAAGAGAGUCCUCGAGAUGAAGCAGGGAUACAACAGGGAUGCGGAGGCUUUAAAGGUGAGGGAAAACAGAAGCUUUGGAGAGAAAAUGGCUUUUUAUCUGAGGGAAAAAAACAAGAUUAGAAAGAAAUAA